CUUCGACAUCUUCGGAACAUUGCUGCCCGGAACAUUGUCAAUAGAAAUGGCCAUCAGCUCCUUGAUACCUACUUCACACUUCACUUGUGUAAUACAGAAAAGACAUACAAAGAAUUUUAUAGAAGUGAAGUGAUUAAGAAUUCCUUGAAUCCAACAUGGCGGAGUCUUGAUUUUGGAAUAAUGCCGGACCAUCUAGAUACAUCUGUGUCUUGUUUUGUGGUGAAGAUAUGGGGUGGAAAAGAGGAUGUCUACCAGCUGUUGAUUGAAUGGAAAGUCUGUUUGGAUGGCCUGAAAUACUUGGGUCAGCAGAUUCAUGCUCGCAACCCAAAUGAAAUAAUUUUCGGGCUGAAUGAUGGCUACUAUGGUGCUCCAUUUGAACAUAAGGGUUAUUCAAACGUUCAGAAGAAUCUUCUUCAGGUGGAUCAGAACUGUGUUCGCAAUUCCUACGAUGUCUUCUCUUUGCUACGGCUUCAUAGGGCCCAGUGUGCAAUUAAGCAGACUCAGGUAACUGUUCAGAAAAUUGGGAAGGAAAUUGAAGAAAAGCUAAGACUCACAUCUACAAGCAAUGAGCUGAAAAAAGAAAGUGAAUGUCUGCAAUUAAAAAUUUUGGUGCUUCGAAAUGAACUGGAAAGACAGAAGAAAGCUUUGGGACAGGAGGUGGCAUUACUGCAUAAACAACAAAUUGCAUUACAGGACAAAAGAAGCGCAUUUUCAACUGAACACCUCAAGCUUCAACUCCAAAAGGAAUCUUUAAAUGAAUUGAGGAAAGAGUGUACUGCACAAAGAGAACUUUUUUUGAAGACUAAUGCUCAGUUGACAAUUCGAUGCAAGCAAUUACUAUCUGAGCUUUCCUACAUUUACCCUAUUGAUUUGGGACGUCAUCAGUGCUUACUGGAAAAGCACUCCCCAGAGCGCCAGGUUUUGGCUUUGGCAGCAAAAGAUGAUGGAAGCAUUGCUGUUGCCCUUGGUUAUACUGCACAUUUGGUCUCCAUGAUUUCCUUUUUCCUACAAGUGCCCCUCAGAUAUCCUAUAAUUCAUAAAGGAUCUAGAUCAACAAUCAAAGAUAAUAUUAACGACAAGCUGACUGAAAAGGAGAGAGAGUUUCCACUGUAUCCAAAAGGAGGAGAGAAGUUACAAUUUGAUUAUGGAGUCUAUCUUCUGAACAAAAAUAUAGCACAGCUAAGAUAUCAACAUGGACUGGGAACUCCAGACUUGAGACAAACCCUUCCUAACCUGAAAAACUUCAUGGAGCAUGGACUAAUGGUCAGGUGUGACAGACAUCACACCUCCAGUGCAAUCCCUGUUCCACAGAGACAAAGCUCCAUAUUUGGGGGUGCAGAUGUGGGCUUCUCUGGGGUGAUCCCUUCACCAGACAAAGGACACCGAAAACGAGCCAGCUCAGAGAAUGAGAGACUCCAGUACAAAACCCCUCCUCCCAGUUACAACUCGGCAUUAGCCCAGCCUGUGCCCACCAUCCCCUCCAUGGUAGAAUCUGAGAGAAAGACAACAUCUCUGUCCUCCUCCUUGGAUACUUCCUUGGACUUCUCCAAAGAAAAGAAAAAAGGAGUAGAUUUGGAUAACGGCUUAAACGGAGGCCAUGGAAGUGUGAAGACUAGCCAGGAACCAGGAGAAGAAGCCCCCUCGGGGCAUCCUGCCACAGUGAACGGCACUCUCCUACCCAGCGAGCAGGCUGGUGCCACAAACGCCCAGCUUCCAGGUGAGUUCCACUCCGUUUCAGAAGCUGAGCUCUGCUGUACCGUGGAGCAAGCUGAAGAAAUCAUUGGGCUGGAAGCCACAGGUUUAACCUCGGGCGAUCAGCUAGAAGCAUUUAACUGCAUCCCAGUGGACGAUGCUGUGGCAGUGGAGUGUGACGAACAAGUUCUGGGAGAAUUUGAAGAGUUCUCCCGAAGGAUCUAUGCACUGAAUGAAAAUGUAUCCAGCUUCCGCCGGCCACGCAGGAGCUCUGAUAAGUAA